AUGAGAAACAGAGCCUCCUCUUCUUCCCGGAUGGAUGGCUCCAUCGGCAAGAGAGCCAGGAUGAUGUUUGUUCGGAUCAAGAAGGAAAGUGUCUUGAACGAAGGCUCCAAUAAAUACUUUUACGAGUAUACUGUGAAGAAUGAUAGGGUAGGUCUACUCAUGCACGAAGGAUAUGGCAAGGUGUUUUAUGAGUGCAGAGGAACGGAAGAAAUGGACCAUGAUGAGGAUGGCGAGUUCAGGAUGGAGCCAACUGAAGAUGAGGCUACGUUUCUUAAGACACUUCCAGGCGAAUCCCACCACAGUGGUCUCAGAAGAAGCAUAAAGAAAAGACGUUACUGCAAGAGAGUUUGCAGAUUAGUUGAUCCAGCAACGAACCUGGACCUUUGCAGUGACGAGCAUGAAGAGGCCCUGGUUUGA